AUGGCUGGAGAUCUCGAAAACGAUCCUUCCGCAGCAGCACUCGAUCUAGACAACUCCGAAGCUUACGACUCCGCCGAAGAUGAAGACUUUCAAUUAGAAGAAGCAGGCGGCGCGGCCGAGGACUCUGGUCUGUCGUCUUCAGAAGAAGAAGAAGAUGAAUCAGGUGCAGGAAAUGACAGGCCGACGAAGAGACGGAAGCUCGCCAAGACGAGUACGAAGAAGCCCGAUGUGGCAGCAGAGCAGAUGGAGCUUGAUUCCGGGGAUGAAAUAACGAUACAAAAGGCAAAGAGCAAGAAAAAGAAGCGCAAGACCAAGGGCCAGGCGGAUGAAGACGAUGAAGAUGUUAUGUUUGAUGAGGACGAAGAAGGCGGAGAGGGAGGGUUUGUGAAGACGAGGUCUAUGAGGACGAAGAUACAAGAAGAUCGCAAACCUCUAGCCAAGAUAGACGGCGCAACUAUCGACGUCGAUGCCCUAUGGGCCCAAAUGAACGCCCCAGAGCCGGAGCCAGGUCUUUUAUCGGCGACAUCAAAGCCGACAGAAGGCGACGAGGAACAAGAACUGCCCACAGACCAGGAUAAAGAAAAUGUUACCGCCGAACCCCAAACCCAAGAGAAACUCGCCUCCGAAGACCUUAUCAAGAUCAAACGCACCUACAAAUUCGCCGGCGAGAUGCACACUGAGGAAAAGCUCGUACCACGGGACUCGGCCGAAGCAAAGCUCUACCUCGCCGAAACGAAUGGCGAAAAGGCAGCAGAAGAAGUACAAUCCGACAACAACGUGGUCAAGUUUCGACGUCCGCUUCGCAAAAUCUCGCGGUUCGACCCUAAUCCCUCGGGUGUGAUCAAAAAGAGCUGGGAGAAGCAAGCAAUUACACUCGACCAAGACGCCAAGGGACCAAAACUCAACACGGUCGAAAAAUCGCGGCUCGAUUGGGCACAAUAUGUGGACGAAGAGGGCAUCAAGGACGAGCUCAAUGUGCACAGCAAGGCCAAGGAGGGAUACUUGGGACGUAUGGAUUUCUUGGGCAGGGUGGAUGCAAACCGGGAAGAGGAGAGACGAAAUAUCCGGCUCAAGGGGUUAUAG